UGAGAGGUAUCGGCUGAACUAUAAACAAUGUCACCAGAAAGCCGAAGUGCCAACAGGCCCAACAAUGUAUCGUCUGUCCUUCAAUCGAAUAGUUUCGCAGAUAAGGCCUGCGUGACCCUGGCCACGAACGGUUGCGGAACACGUGCGUGAUGGGGCUGAGACAAAAGACAAAGGGAUGCUAAGAGACAAAGACGAGUCUAUGGCCAGUGUUAGUUGAGAAGUCAAAGUUAGUUGAGAAGAGUUGAGAAGCCAAAGAGUGUGAAUCGGGAGAUAUUGUUGCUAGUGUCAUGACCGGCACACUUCAAAACCGAUGGUCUGAUGACGAACAUUCACCAGAUGGCAAGGGACUGCACGCGGCAGCAGCAGGUCCAGAGCCCAGACCCAACACCCGGAGUGGCUGGGUUUGGGUAUCAUGGCGGUAGGUGUAUGGGCUUGGACCGAAAAGGACACAUUCAACAAUUUGUCCAGGCUCACAAAUGUUGCGCUCGACCCAGCAUUUAUCCUCAUUCUAGUCGGUACAGUGACAUUUAUCAUUGGAUUUACGGGAUGCGUUGGCGCACUCAGGGAAAAUACGUGCCUCCUAGCUACGUAUGCGAUAUUUCUGGCGUUAUUAUUGUUAAUGGAGAUGGCAGCCGGUGUCUUAGGAUUUGUCUUCAAGGACUGGAUAAAAUCACAAGCCACUGGCGGUUUCCAAGCGUUCAUCAUCCACUAUAGAGAAGAUCCUGAUCAGCAGAAUCUCAUCGAUUGGAUUCAAGAGGAUUGGUUACAGUGUUGCGGCAUCGAGGGCCCUAAAGACUGGGAUCGCAAUAAUUAUUUCAAUUGUUCGUCGAGCGACAUUGGCUCGAGGGAAGCAUGCGGCGUGCCUUUUAGCUGUUGUAAACGAAAGCCAAAUGAAAUUAUAAAAAAUAAACAGUGCGGCUAUGAUGUUAGAAAACCUAGCUACACUGGGGAGAGGAGUAUAUACGAGAGAGGCUGUCUAAGAGCAGGCGAAGAAUGGCUAGAAUUGAAUCUCGUACCUGUCGCUGGUACUGUUGUCAGCACAAUGGUCUUACAGAACUAUGAAGUUGCCAAAGUGAUUUAUGAAAAAGGUUGUAUUCAAGCUGGGGAGGAAUGGGUGGAACGAAAUCUUCUUGCAAUUGUCACUGGGGCGGUUACCACGGCAUUUGCACAGAUUCUGGGAAUCUGUUUCGCUCAAAAUCUUCGAGCGGACAUAUUCGCACAAAAAGCAAAGUGGCAUUGACAAUUUCGGGCCCCCACGGCGGUCUAGCAUCUUAUACUAAUAGAUGCUGAUCAGUUGCGUUGAUCGAACUGGAAAAGUCGUCGAAGAUCUCGAGAACUAACAGACCUUUGACGUAAAAAUCGACACAGUUCCACGUGGAAAGUGCAGGAUUCAAGAUCCAGACGUCCGAACCGAAUCGACUAAAGAUACAGAUAUUUUUUCACUCUUCAAUUGCUGACACAAUUACGAAGACUGCGUACUUCGACGAGCUUCGUGAUUUCGUGCAAAUACAUCACUCAUGAUCACGUAUAAAUGUUUAUAACUAAAGUCUCGACGUUUUAUCAUUCAACGUUUAUAUUGCAUUUUAUAAAUUGACAAGCGAAUCGUUAAGCGACGAAUCACGUUUAAAGGACGAUCAAAGUUCCAAAGUUUCAGUGAUAAUUAUCAUUAUUAAAUUAUCACAGCAGCGUAUCAUUUAGUUUAUAAUGACGAUAUAGCUCAGCUUAAUGCGGCAACUUGUUGCAUAUCCUCAACUAUUUUAUUGCCAAAAUGACGCGAAGAAAACGGUGUCAAAGUUCCAUCGCUGUUUCGUUUUAUUUCUGUAUAAACUUAUGGCGAAUUUUAUGACAAACCAGAACCGUUAUCAAUCAAACCUUAGAUUCUUACAUUGCAAUUACAAUUAUUGCUCUUCCUUAUUGUUCUAUGUUAAGGGAUUAUUCGAGCUGAUCGGAUUGAACACUUCUUGUGAGUUUACGUGCUUUCAAAUAUUGCGAACAAUCUAUGUUUAAUUUAUGUUUUUGCGUACUUUAUAAUCAGGCUGAGGAUUUUUAUACAUUUCUGCGAAAAAGAACGCAGAAAUGCAUAGAAUGCAUAUACCCAAAGUAGAGUACUCAUUAUAUUUUCUAAUAGAUAAAACGAAUCUCUAUUGACUCUCUAUUACUACGAAAAUAUAAAUUUGCAUAAAAUCCAUAGCCUAUUUAUACUCGCAACAAUGACAAGUAGCGCGCUGUAUUUUAGUUUAAGGCACUUUCAUACAUCAUCGUUUCAUCGUUAUAAUACAAGAAGCGUAUGAGCAAGAAGAAGAAAAAUAAAGAAAUUUGCUUUGAAGAAGCAAAUCAAUUGUAAAAUACGAUUCGUUCGAGGACUAUAAAAUGCGUAAAUUAACAAAUCGUCGAAAGUAAUGCGUGUAUUUGCAGCGAAAAGAGUGUUGUUCAACUUAUCAGUAGACUGCGAAUUUUUGUGCAAAUUCAAGUGUUCCAAAAUACAAUAGAAACUGUAGAACUUGUGAAGAAUAUCAGUUUACAUACAAAGUAUUAUAAAAAAGCCCUAUGCUUUGGAUAUCUUACAUAUCUUUUCAUAUUACGUGCAUUCUGAGCGAUUUUACAUUUUCAAAUAUCCCAUAAAUGCAUAAAGGUCCGCAGUCUACCCAUCAAUUUUCUCAAACCUUGCGCAAGCCAUUUUCGUAUUUUACGGUCUACUGGACGUUCCUUGAUACUCGGUUUGCGCCUGUCAUAAUUAUAAUUUGAGCGAACAAGGCGGAAAAAGACGUUGCCUCGGACUUUUCCGAUUCUUCGUCGAGAUCGAUACCGUUCUUCUGUUCUUGACGAAGGGAAAGUCGAUGAGUUCGGAUAAGGCGCGUAGAAACGAGAGAAAGGGACAAAGAGCAGAGAGCAGAAGAGACAAAUAAAGCAGAAUAAUGCCUGCUCGGUUUACGAGGAACGGUGUGUCGAGGCAUUAAAGUCGAUUGACGUGAUGUCGUGGGGGCGCGGUGAACACGACUGAGCUCACCGCACAGCAAAUUCUUGUGGCAUGGCCACGAGAGUAAAAGCCAUAUAACACGCAAGUGUACAAUAACCUUCUGUUGCUCCAAUUGAUCGUUAAAACGGUUGCUCGAGCCACAUUGAACAUAUUGAUCCUGUGCUACAUGCCGACACGUUCCCUCCAUCGGUAGGCCAGGUGCCUGUCGUAUCGUAUAUGCUGCUGUCACGUGGCUAAAUUAUAUCGACGAGAGACAGUAGCGGUGCUAGUUACUCUAUGAAUUAAAAAAUAUUGGCCCCUUAAUUAAUAUGGACCAGUAUGCAGAUUCGUUCAUUAACUGCCAACAUUACACUCUGACACAUCCUUUCUUCAUUUUUUGACAAACAGGGCAAAUAUGUGUCAGAGUAUCUCAACUAACAGCGAACACAUGCGGUGACUAGUAGUAUAUGUAUAUAUUCACUGAUUCACUUUUAUAUUUUACCUUCUAAAAUGCCGUAUCGGCUUCUUUUGCGUUGAUUCUGUUUUACCGACUUGAUCCACUGAUUCGUGUAAUUUGGUUCCUAAAGUUCGUUUUACAUACUUCUCUAGUUUCCCGGUUGUACUUUCCUCUUUUAUUUUCUCUUUUUCUUUGUUAUUCCCCGUUCAAGCAGUGUAUUUUUAUAACAGCGCAAGUACGUUUAAACAGUGCGUUUUCCUUCUCGAAUAGAUAAAAAUGGUUUGCGGCUCUAAAACAACAAUGCCAUGCUUGUAAAUAUUCAAUGUAUACAUGCAUACAUUUGUACAUACAGAGUGUUCUAGUUCUUUUUGGGAAGACGAUGCUAGCGUGUUUCACAAGUGAAGAUAAGAAAAAUAAGUAAAUGUUUACUGAAAAGUUAUAACUGGAUUGCGGAUUUAUAUACAUCUAUGGAAAACUUUAAAGUGGAGAAAUAUAUAAAAUGCAGGUAAUAUAUAAUAAAUGUUCAAAGUGAAGUAAUUGUUAUCUUUUAUGGGUAAAACAGAUGUUUAUGUAGGUUUCAUUGCCUUAGGUAUGUAAAUAAACAUAUGAAAUCGCAUACAAAUCCGCAGUCUAGUUACAACAAAUAUACAGAAUGAUAAUUGGUAAUUGCUUCCUUUAAAUGUAAUAGUUAAACGAACAUCAGUGUAAGCACUGGAUGAGUUCAUUUCUUGAGUUCCAAGAUAGGAUAUUCCGCUGUUGAACUUUUAUUUAAAAGAUACGCGCAAAAACUGCUACAGAAAUAGUUCAUAAUGUAUUCACUGAAUUGAAAAAGAACCGACAAGAAACUCGCAAUGCAAAAGUGUUUGUAAUUCAAUAAUUUCAAGUGGAACUAACAUAGAUUCCGCGAAUCUGUUUCUACUUUAUCGAUCGAAAAACUGGAGCGUUGUUACUUCGUAAUUUUGUUACAACUUCCCAAAAAAUUAUUUGUCACGCUACGUUUAGAACUCAUAGACUCUUCGCAGCGUAUGCUCGCAUCGUUUUGCAGAAAAACUGAGACAUUCUAUAUAUCUGUAAACGUACCAAACGGAGCGUUCGUAUCUUUUGCGUUCCUAAUUCUCACGCGAACGAAUGAAGAAAGAAGGAAAAGCGUCAAACUCUCUACGCUAAAAGACAAAAUAGAAAAAUGCAUAGGUACUAAGGCGAAGCAAAAGAAUGUUUAAAAAUUUAAAAACUAGGAUCUUCGUAAGAAGUAUCCAAUUUGUUUCGUCGAAUUUCAAUAAUUCCCGGAUAUAACUUAAAUUAACUAAACUAAACAAUAAAUUAUAGUUGUUUAUAAAUAGCAACCACUUGUUAUUCCUUGAA